CACACACUUAUUCUGGGUUAGGAUUUAACCAUUUUGCUGCUUUUAAACUGUCCAGAAUACCACACACCAGGUUUCAAAGAAAUCACAUGACUGACAGGAAGUCUAAACGGUGCUCUAAAAGGAAGCUUCAGCUCUGCACAGCUUGCAGGAGAUCUUAAUUGCAAAAAUUAGUUCUGCAUCAGCCGCAGGACACACUUUGAGAACAGCUAUGAAAGCUUUCAAAUCAUUGUUCAAACCUGCUACUCCCUGGAGGAUCGUCCAAACAGAUGACAAGGAUUCAUAUCUGGACUCCAUCAAAAAGUUCCAACUGACCAAAGAUGAGGUUCAGCACAUUAGAAUCAUGCUCUACGGGCCCACGGGAUCUGGCAAAUCCAGCUUUAUCAACUCAGUGGAAAGAAUUCUGAGAGACAGAGUGACUAGUCAGGCUUUAUCUGAUAGUAUUGGUGGCUCCAGCUUCACUAAAAAGUAUCGAACACACCCUAUAAAAAAGGACAGUAGCAGCUACUAUCCCUUUGUCUUCACUGAUGUCAUGGGUCUCGAGAAGGAAAGGAAGAAAGGAGCUUGUCCUGAGGACAUUGCAUUAGCUUUUAAGGGACAUGUGAAGGAUGGUUAUACGUUCAACCCUCAGACUUCAAUAAGCCCUACUGACCCAUUCUACAACAGCAGUCCCACUAUGAAUGACAAAACCCAUGUUCUGGUGUGUGUGGUCUCAGCCAGCACUGCUAAUUGCACUGAACACCUUGAAAAGAUCAGGGACGUCCGCCUUGAAGCCAGUGACCUGGGAAUUCCACAAGUAGCAGUUCUUACCAAGAUUGAUGAAGCCUGCCCUGAGGUGCACUUAAAUAUUAAAAAGGUCUUCACAAGCAAUAUAAUAAAAAAAAGAACAGAGGAAGUGUCUGCAUAUGUGGGUAUUCCAAUGCAAAGCAUCUUUCCAGUGAAGAAUUACCACUCUGAAUUCAUUCGAAACAAGGACAUGGACACAUUGAUUCUGAUGGCUCUGAAACAAAUUAUUGAUUUUGGUGAAGAUUUCCUCGACCAAAACUAAAAUGCGCUUUGCAAGACGAAUGAAGGCGGAAAAAGGCAACUACAGCUGCCUUCAUGGACUGCAAAGGCCAAAUGUAUGAUGGGAAAUGCAGUGCUGUCACAAGUGCACUCACGGCUGACUGAUAUGUUUUGAUGAAAAAGUUUGUAAACAUUGUGCCGUUUUCUUGGGGGCGGGACUAAAACGGAGGCAAAAGAGGAGCUGUGUGUGAACAGGAGUAAACUAACACGUGUUAGGGGGGAUUUUUUGUUUUUUAAACAUGGAGGAUGUGGAAGAAAUGACAGGUUCGGUUGAAUUCGAUCUCGGAGCUGUCGGUCUGUUCAGUCCCUGACUCUGUGGAGGAGUUACAGAUACUUUGGUAAAAGUCGAUGGAGGCGCGCCGCGCCGAGCCAGACGCCGCACGAGGGCGACAUGGAGACCUGACGGAGCUGUGGAGGAUCCAGUGACCAAGUGUUUAGCCAAGUAGCGACACACACAACUCAGUGGAUGUCUAAUAAUCAUCAUCACUAUGUUUAACCAUAAUUCCCUAAGAAAUGGUCAAACAAAACUUACUACAUAAAUGUAAACAUUUUGAACUAUGGCUAUUGAAAGAACUGAGAAGCAAUGAUUUGAUAAGCCUCGUGUAAUUACAGUAGAAUAAAUAUGUUUAGGGCUACAUUCGUUGUAAAUGUCAAGGGCACAAUGUACAAGUGAAAUGUAAACACCCUCUGGCAUUUUCAAAUGAUACAUUUCUGUAUUGUUCAAAUAAUAAUCUAAUGGGACAGUAGAGUAACAACAGUUAGGGCAGCAAAGUUUGGAGAAAGCGUGGGGUAUUGUAAAUCUGGUUACAUUUGUAUGUACACACGUAUUAUACUCAGUUUAUUUAACACACUUUGGACAAAGUUGUUGGGGACAACAGAUCAACAAAGAUUAGUACCAGUCACACAUAACAGUUACCAUGUUAUCAGGAAACAGUAUUUCAUUUGGUUGCUCUUUUCUUUGAGUACAUAAUAAUCACCUGUUAAGUUUCCAAAGUUGCUAUUAAACUGUUUGUUCUUUU